GUUUCAAUCCCACUCUCACAAGGCGAGAACUUCCCAACGAUCCAUCCCAUUCUCAGCCUCUUAUAGCAGAACCCCAUAACAGAACCUCAUACCGUCGACCAUUAGCUUAUAUCUUACCCACACAAGGGAUCUAUAGACACGGCAUAAAUAAUGGCUGGAGUAGCCGACAAGGCCCGCUUCUACUUGGAGCGGGCAGUCCCCCAGCUCCGCGAGUUUGAAGAGAAAGAGAUCUUCACCAAGGACGAGAUCCGCACCCUCGUCACCAAGCGCACCGACUUCGAGCACCGCGUCCUCUCCCCCGGCGCCACGGCCUCCGACUUCCUCGCCUACGCGACCUGGGAGCAGUCCCUGGAGGCGCUGCGCUCCCGCCGGUGCCGGCGGCUCGGCGUCCGCGGCUCGACGUCGCACGCCGGCCAGGCGCGCUGCCUGUCCGUGUUCGAGCGCGCCGUGGCCCGGCACCCGGCCAGCGUCCCCCUGUGGCGCGCGUACCUCGACCUGGCGGCGCGCGCGCGCGCCUCCAAGCGCUGGCGCAAGGUCGCCACGCGCGCGUUGCGCAUGCACCCGCGCGAGCCCGGGCUGUGGAUCCUCGCGGGCCGGAGGGCUGCCCGUAACGGGGAUAUGGACGGCGCUAGGGCGUAUUUUAUGCGCGGGUGUCGGUUCUGCGCGGCGGACGGGGCGGUGUGGGUCGAGUAUGCGAGGUCCGAGAUGGAGUGGCUCGCCCGGGUGGAGGCGAAGAUUGCUGCUCCGGCUGCGAAGGUGGUCCCCGAGGAGAAGGCCAAGAUCGUGGGCGGGAUGGACGAGGAUGGGAAUAUGCAGUUCAGCGAGGAUAGCGAUGACGGCGGGGAGGACGAUGAGGGGCUGGUGCUCCCGGAUCCAGACGCAGAGUUCAAGAAGAAGGGCAAGCGGAAAGUGUUCAGCGAGGAGGCGGUGGGGAAGCUGGCGGGCAACCCGGCGCUGGGCGGGGCGAUCCCGCUGGCUAUCUUCGACAUCGCCAAGAAACAGCCGUUCUUUGGCGCCCCGGCGGCGGAGGCCUUCUUCGAUGUGUUCGUGCCGUACACGGCUGUUUCGUCGCUGCAGAAGAUUCUCCAGCAUGUGCUGGACUGCAUGGUCACGUCGUACCCAAAUCACCCGUCUACGUUCAACUGCCUCGUCAGGCAGCCGCUGGUUGGGGUGGACCCUCACACUUCAACGUAUCCCAAGGCAUUGCGAGAAGCGCUGGCAAGGCUGAAGGACGGCUUGGAGAAGACGGAGGAUAGGGCUGGCCUUGUGGCCAAGACAAUGGCCUGGAUCGAGCCGAUCCUUGCAGUGGAAGAUCUCGAUAGCGGCAUUAGAAUAGUCUUGGAGCAUACCAAGCGGAAGCUGGGAAACCCCUGAUAUGCCUGUCUAGAAGGCGGACACAAUAAUGAUGCAAGAUACCAGGUUCACAAGUUGAUCACGCCCUGAAGACAUGCUCUAAAAUCCUCCCCCUGUGAUAACAUCCCCUACUCGACGUACUGACUAUCCAUCCUUCUUCUCCUGCGCAAGAUUAUUCAAGAACUCCCACUCGCCCGGACUGACCU